AGCGUAAUUAUAAAUAUCUACAAAACCGUGUCGAGCUGCCUUUAUCUUGACUCUUGAUUUUAAAACUUUCAUCAUCUCGUACAAUCUGUGCCGUUAUUUUGAGCAAACACGCGCAAAGCAUACUCCGAAACCAGUCACAAGACCUCGUCACGAUAUCACAGCUAUCAGGAUAUCUAUCCCCUGAAAACCUAUAUAAAGACUGUCUCACACAUACAUUAUCUUGACCGUACUCAUCACACAAAAAUCAUUAACGCUUCGAGACCCAAACCAAUUCACGUCUCACUCAAACACCUGACAAAAUGAAUCCCACUGCGCCAACAACCGCAGCCCCUACCUCUGGCAACGCCAACAGCUAUUUUAGCAUUCACAAGACACAAUCCACAGAGACAACUCCUGUGUCAACCCCUGGAUUCAAGGGUGAGGAGUUCGACCAAGCUGGACACAAGCUUCCUGCCCUCAACCGCGAGUUCCCCAAGCCUACAGAGGAACUCGACAUCCAAAGCAUGCUUGAUCGUCAACCUGGCCGAUGGACCACCAAGGGACAAAUCGAGGCCAACCAGCGCCGAGCCCAACAUGCUCGCAACGAGGAAGAGAUCAAGGCUCAGCGCAUGCGAGACUUCGAGAAAGCCAAGGAAGAGCUCCGUUCUUCAUGGCGGUUCUAGGCCACCUGCCCCAAACUUCACCUACGGAGGACUUUAAAGCUGUAUCGGUUUACACGUGAUGAAAAACCAACUGGCGCAUUGUUUUCAGGGCUAUACCAAGAGUUCAACGAUUUACGACACUACGAAUAGACAUUAGAGAUCUGGCUUGUACGAUUGAGAAUACAGGAUAGAUAGAUUGGGCAGAGAAGAGUAUUUGCAUUUCUAGCAAUUUAGAGGUUCAACAUGAAUUCACUUUUGAAU